AUGCCGCUGCUAUGGGCAGCUGCAGAGGGACACACAGCAGUUGUGGAGCUACUCCUGGAGAAGGGAGCAGACCAGCAGCCAAAAGAACGAGAUGAUAGCUAUGUGCUUGACAGCUGGAAGACAGAGAAGAGUGGUCAUACCGCGCUCUGGUGGGCUAAGAAUGGGAACCAUAGGGCGGUGGCAAAGCAGUUGAUCGACCAAACAGUCGCAACAGAAACGAAGAAGGAAUCCAAGGAUAGGUAUGGCCGUACAGUACUCUCGUGGGCGGCCGAGUUUGGGCACGAGACAGCAGUAAAAAUUCUAUUAUCAAGAUGGCAUGUCCAAUGGGACUCGUCCGACUACGAAGGCUGGACGCCGCUCUCGUGGGCAGCACAGAAAGGAAGGCAUGAGAUCGUGGAAUUACCCUUAGCGAAGGGCGCCAAGCCGGACUCGUCCGGUAAAAAUGGCCGUACACCGCUAUCGUGGGCUGCCGAGAACGGAGACAUGGCGGUGGUUAGUCUUUUGCUUAAGAACGGUGCUGAUAUGGAGCGAAAGGACAAAUAUGGCCGGACCCCGCCGUCGUGGGCAGCCGAGAAGGGACAAGCUCUAGUAGUUGCUCUGCUCCUCGAGGAAAGAGCCAUUCCGGAUUCGCGGGAUGCAGAGGGUCGGACUCCGCUGUACUGGGCCGCUGAAAAGGGGCACGAAAUUGUAGUGGCAAAGCUUCUCGCUGCAGGUGCCGAGCUUGAUGCAAAAGAU